AUGGACGUCCAAAGAGACGACGCUGUCCCCGGUGACGCAUGGAAGAUUCACUCCGACGAUCAUUUAGCCAUUGAAAUUCCUGAAACAGCCCAUAAGAUCAGCAGCGACUCAUGGUUUCAAGCGGGAUUUGUUCUUACGACUGGUAUCAACAGUGCUUAUGUGCUGGGGUACUCAGGUGCAGUCAUGGUUCCUCUUGGCUGGACAGGUGGAGUUGCAGGUUUAAUUUUAGCCACAAUCAUAUCACUAUACGCAAAUGUCCUAAUCGCAAGGCUCCAUGAAUUUGGUGGGAAGAGACAUAUCAGAUACAGAGACCUUGCAGGCUUUGUGUAUGGUCCAAAGGCUUAUGCUCUUACAUGGGUGUUGCAAUAUGUCAAUCUUUUCAUGAUUAAUGUCGGUUAUAUCAUGUUGGCUGGUCAGGCUCUUAAGGCUAUUUAUGUAGUUUUCAGGGAUGACAAUGCGAUUACGCUCCCGUACUUCAUUGCCAUAGCAGGGUUGACUUGUGGCAUUUUUGCAAUUUCUAUCCCUCAUCUCUCAGCUCUAAGAAUUUGGCUUGGAUUUUCAACAUUCUUCACUCUAGUAUACAUUGUGGUUGCAGUUGCUUUGUCUCUUCGUGAUGGAAUCCAAGCUCCACCAAGGGAUUAUAGCAUUCCGGGUACAGACACGGGCAAGAUCUUUACCACCAUUGGUGCUUCUGCGAGUCUUGUCUUUGCUUUCAACACAGGAAUGCUCCCGGAAAUACAGGCGACUGUGAGACCACCUGUUGUUAGUAACAUGAUGAAGGCGCUCUACUUUCAGUUUUCUGUAGGAGUUUUGCCACUUUAUGCGGUUGUGUUUAUGGGGUAUUGGGCUUAUGGCAAUGGAGCUUCUUCCUAUUUGCUUAACAAUGUUCAUGGCCCAGUUUGGGUCAAGAUAUUUGCCAACUUAUCUGCCUUUUUUCAAUCCGUUAUAGCUUUGCAUAUAUUUGCAAGUCCAAUGUACGAGUAUUUGGACACUAAAUACGGAAUAAAAGGAAGUGUGGUGGGGCUUAAAAAUUUGUGUUUCAGAAUCAUUGUUCGAGGGGGUUACAUUGGCAUUACAACCUUGGUAUCAGCAGCAUUUCCCUUUCUUGGAGACUUCAUGAGCUUAACAGGGGCGAUUAGUACUUUCCCACUUACAUUUAUUCUCGCUAAUCACAUGUAUUUAGUGGCCAAAACAAACUCACUCACUGCUUUACAAAAGUCAUGGCAUUGGGUCAAUGUUUGUUUCUUUGGUAUCAUGGCUGUUGCAGCUGCUACUGCUGCUUUUAGGCUUAUUGCUAUUCACUCCAAUACUUAUCACCUUUUUGCUGAUAUGUAA